GCGCAGUCGGCCUGGGCGAGUCCGCAGCCGGCGCAGCCCUGCCCCUUUCGCCGCCGCCGAGCCCGGCAAAAGGAGACGCCGCCGCUGCUGCUGCUGCUGCUGCCCGACGGGGCCAGGCGGGGCGGCUGCAUGAGGUUGAUGCUGCUCUGCUGCACCUGGAGGGACGAGCCCAUGGGAGAGGACGAAGGAAGUGACCUGCCAAUAUGCGCCAGUUGCAGCAACAGCAUCUACGAUGGUCAAUACUUGCAGGCCUUGAACGCCGACUGGCAUGCCGAUUGCUUCAGGUGCUGCGAAUGCGGAGCCUCACUCUCGCAUCAGUACUACGAGAAGGACGGCCGUCUCUACUGCAAGAAGGACUACUGGGCUCUCUUCGGAGAGCUGUGCCAUGGCUGCUCAGAACAGAUUGCCAAAGGGCUCAUCAUGGUGGCUGGAGAUCAGAAAUACCACCCCGAGUGUUUCAGCUGCCUGAACUGCCAGACGUUCAUUGGCGAUGGAGAUACAUAUGCCCUGGUGGAACGCUCCAAGCUCUACUGUGGACACUGUUACUACCAGAUGGUGGUCACACCAGUGAUGGAUCAGCUGCUUCCAGAGUCACCAGGAACCCGGAUCCCACACACGGUCACCCUCGUGUCCAUCCCAGCCUGUUCUGAUGGCAGGCGUGGCUUCUCGGUGUCCAUUGACCAGCACGGCGGUUCAGAACACCCCCACACAGUCCGUGUCCGAGAAUUGGACCCAGACUGCAUGAGCCCUGAUAUGAAGAACUCCAUCCAUGUUGGUGACCGCAUCCUAGAGAUCAACGGCACGCCCAUCCGGCACGUCCCCCUGGAUGAGAUUGAUUUGCUGAUCCAGGAGACCAGCCGCCUGCUGCAGCUGACCAUUGAACAUGACCCCCACGAGAUCCUGGAGAGCAGCCCCCUCUCAGAGUUGCACAGCCCCCUCCACUCGCCCACCCACACGCCCUGCCUGGAAUCGGCAGCCAUUCGCCAGCGUACCGUCAUGCGCAGCUGCAGUAUUGACAAGUCUCCGUGCUCCAGCUCCUUGAGCUCCCCUGCCUCCCAACGAAAGGACAUCGGCCGCUCUGAAUCGCUGCGUGUUGUCUCACGCCCCCACCGUAUCUUCCGCCCCUCGGACCUCAUCCACGGCGAAGUGCUGGGCAAAGGCUGCUUUGGACAGGCUAUCAAGGUGACUCACCGGGAGACGGGAGAGGUGAUGGUGAUGAAGGAGUUGAUCCGUUUUGAUGAAGAAACCCAGAGGACGUUCCUCAAGGAGGUGAAGGUGAUGCGGUGUUUGGAGCACCCCAACGUGCUGAGGUUUAUCGGGGUCCUCUACAAGGACAAAAGGCUGAACUUCAUCACAGAGUACAUCAAAGGGGGAACGCUGCGUGGAAUCAUCAAGAACAUGGACAAUCAGUAUCCCUGGAGCCAGUGGGUCAGCUUUGCUAAGGACAUCGCUUCAGGAAUGGCUUACCUUCACUCCAUGAACAUCAUCCACAGAGACCUCAACACCCACAACUGUCUUGUGCGAGAGAACAAGAGCGUGGUUGUGGCAGAUUUCGGCUUGGCCCGGCUCAUGGUAGAUGAGAAGAACCAGUUGGCCAGUUUGAAAAAGCCUGACCGUAGGAAACGGUACACGGUGGUGGGGAAUCCCUACUGGAUGGCUCCUGAGAUGAUCAACGGCAGGAGCUAUGAUGAGAAGGUGGACGUCUUCUCUUUUGGCAUCAUCCUGUGCGAGAUCAUUGGCAGGGUCAGCGCAGACCCCGACUACCUGCCUCGAACCCUGGACUUCGGCCUCAAUGUGCGGGGCUUCCUGGACCGCUAUUGCCCUCCCACGUGUCCCCCCAGCUUCUUCCCAAUUGCUGUCUGCUGCUGUGACUUGGAUCCCGAGAAACGGCCUUCCUUCGCCCGGUUGGAACAGUGGCUGGAGGCGCUCCGCAUCCAUCUGGCCAUGCAACUCCCCCUGAGUUCGCAGCUGGAACAGCUGGACCGGACCUUCUGGGAGAUUCACCGCCGGGCUGACGGGGGGCUGCCCGUCCACACUGAAGUAUCCGAAUGAGCGGGCCAGAGAUUGACAUGCUGCACUGAGCCCCCCACGUCCCCGUAUGUGUGGCGGAGCACCCUCGUGCCGAGUGACCUCUGCGAGUGGUGCGUGGGUCACCUGCUGGAGCUGGUCUCUGAGUUUGAAGCGGCGUGCGGGGACCCCAGUCACUGGGAGCUGGCUCUCCCUGCUUCCUUCCAGGGGGGUUGGGAAGGGGAGGUGGGGUUCUGUGCCUGGCAUGCACAGACCAUGUCAGGGGUGUCCUGGGCACUUGUAAAUAUUCCUGUGAAUAAAUCUGACUCUCCCCAUGCAAAUCCCGCAGCAGAGGAAAGGGGGUGCCCCUCAUCCUGUGUGGCUCAAAGCUGCGGGGCCCGAUAGAGACCCCCAAUGUUCUCCUUGCACGCUUUGUGGUCGCAAAAAAAAAAAGCCUUUGCACACUCCACCGAGCUCGCACAUUUCUUGCCACCAGCCGGCAGCUGCUCACAACUUGGCAGGGGGCAGCCCUGGGGGCUCCUUCCUGUCACACACCUCUCUGCUCCUUGACCAACCCUCAUCCUACAAAGUGGUGCCUUGGGUUUUAUGUGAACUUGCACUGCUGCACACCCGGGGCCUCCGGGGGCCCCCACGUCAUUGUCCUGUGUCAGUUACGUCUGUGAAAAUGCAAGUGCAUACACGCCUGGCCUGUGCUCUUCUGUCU